AUGGUGAUGCUGUUUCCUUUCGCCAUGGAGCCUGUGAUCGACGAGGCAGGUGCAUCAGGGCUUAUGCCACCGGAAGAAUUCGAUACAGUGUCGGUGGACUCAGCGGGCCUUGAUGGAGUGGUGUUCACGACGGUCGUCGAGGGACAAAACAAGAACUAUGCACCAGCUCCAACAACAUAUGAAGAUCCAACAGUCACGCAAAUCCUUCCAACGGAUCCAUGGCCAUCAGUCAGCGAGUUGACUGCAUAUUCAGCAUCAAGCAAGACUCCAGUGGAAGUCGACACUUCGAUCUAUAACGCAGCAACUUCAUAUUCUCCACCUGCAUCGCCGUCGCCGUCGCCUUCACCGUCACCCUCCAACUCACAUCCACCAAAAUCAUCAACACUUCCAUCCCCUACCCCCACAUCAGCGUCAACGUCAACAUCAACAUCAACAUCAACAUCAACAUCAGAAUCAAAAUCAGCAUCAACAUCAACCGAAACCCCCGCAGCAGCAACAACCUCAUCAAUAGACCCAACCACCUUCUCCGGCGGCACAUCAACAUCCACAAAAAUCGCAAUCAUAGUGCCAGUCGUAAUCGUCACCGCACUAAUCUGUGCCCUGAUAUUCUUCCUCAUCCGCCGGAGAAGACGCAGGAUGGAACGCAACUCACUCCCCCCGCCAUACGAUAUAGCAACGCGCCAGAACCCCGCCCUAUCAGCGCAGGAACUGAUGAUUUCUCCAAAGUCGUCGACCCCAGAACCAAGGGGCUCGCUGUCACUCGCGGCAAUGACGUCGCAGCCCAUCCCGAUUAUCAAUAUCUCGCCGUCGACGGAGGAGCGGGGGCUGACGCCCAGUCCUAGUCCGAGCCAUAGUCCGAGUCAUCGCUCGGACUCGGGGAAUCAUGGGUCCCAUGGGCCUGGUGGUUCGGAGGCGGAGCUUGGGGUUGCGGUUGCGGUGCCGGUUCCGAUGGAUCGGGGGCAAAGUACCACGGAGCAGGAGGUGAGGGGGCGAGUUGGAUCGGAGACUUCGUCUAGGGCUCCUUCGCGGUUGGCGAGGAUGCCAUUUGAGGAUUUCGAGGAUGAUGAGGUUGGGAUUGGUGUUGCUGUUGGUGGUGAAGAUGAUGAUGCUGUUUCUGAUGUUUCGGAUUCGGAGAUACGUAGGGGAGGACGGAGGGAGUAUGAUGAGAUUUCGAUGGUCUCGUCGUUUGAUGGAGUGUCGCCGAUAAGCCAGCAGGAGAGAGCGCGGUUUCGGUGA